GUGUGUGUGUGCGGCUGGAAAACCUGUUAAAAGCCGCUAAAAUUCUGUCCAUGUCGACAUUGUUGUUGUUUUGGCAUUAAUUAGUGAAGACAUAUUUCGGAUUUUUGUCAUUUCCAGGCAAAUAAUAUUAUGCAAAAAUCGGACAUGUAAAAUAGUUGAAGAUGAGUAAGCAGGUAACAAGCUUUGCAGGUGUAUGCGUGUGUUUGCCAACGCAACGAAACCUCCACCUCUCCCCACAAACACCCUCACCUAAUUGCUUCCACCACGGAAAACGGAAAACACAAUGCCGGCGCUUUAUCACGCUUAUCAGCAAACAACGUAAGCCACGCAACGUAAUGACUAAUCGUCAUGCCCGACUUUCCGGCGAUGGCGUAAUUGUUUUGAUAAUGCAAACAAUGAGCGCUUGUCCAUUUUUAGCCGGGCGACAUUGAAGAGAAAUUAAAAGUGAAUAAAGAGGGAAGGUCGCCAGAGUAUCGGCGUUUAAUAAUUAAUUUGUUAGCCAAUUUUGGCAAGUCGAGCUUGGCCGCAUGUUUUAUGCUUUGUUCAAAUAUGGCCAGGUUUUCCUUUUAGUUUUUCAAACUGUUGCCUUUUUCAGCGCACCGAGAGUUAAGAAAAAAUAGAAAAAAAAAACUAAUAGCAUUUAGCGGUCUUAUCGGGCGCUCUCUUUCUGCCACCCGCACAUCAGAAAGAGAGGGGAACAAGAGAGCAACAGGUGGUCGGGGAGUACCGUUAGGCAUUCCAGCAAUUGCGUAACUAAUUAAACAAUUGCCUGCAAUUAAGUAAAUAUAUUUGCCCAAAUUAAUGGAGUACUUUAAACAGAGGAAUGCUAAAAUCAGUGAACAAAUAUUUUUACGAAUUUUAGUUUCUAUUUUUAAAGAACAUUUAUAAAUUACCAACCUCAAACAAUCGUAUAAUUGAGGACGUGAUUAUUAGCCAAAAUCGAUUUAAGACAAUCAGUAUAGUGAAAGGUGAGAGAAAUAACUGGUGUGAACCAAGUAGGUCAAGAUUUACAAAAGCAAAAUCUUUACCUAGGGCCAUAAGAAACUAACGAGGGCCGCACAAAGACCCUGAGGCCAGUCAAGGGUUAAGGCACAACUAGAAAAUCGCGAAAAGACGAAGACGACGACGUAAUCGCUUUGCAAUGCAAAAAGAUACACAAAGCUAAGGGGCAAAAACAAAUUGGAGCAAUCGGAGAACCUAACCAAACUUUGGAUUACCCUCUCUCAAGAACAAGAACAACAACGAGGUGGCUUCUUCGCUUGAUUAGAAAAUAUGUAGAAGGUAGAGAAAGGUGAUUAGUAAGGAAAAUUCCAACCAACUUCAGCACUCAACCACU